UUUUAUUGAACAAUUAAGAAAUGAAAGGGAAAUGUUGGGAAUAAAUUGAAAUUUGAGGGGCUUAAGUUGUCAAUCUGAAACGGGGCCCGGUUAAUUUAUAUUCGGGUCAUUCUUUCGUCCACCGGGUUUUCUUCAGAUUUUGAGCGAAGGAGGUCGCGGUUUUUGGAGAGAUCUUUUCUAAUGGCAGCCUUGGGAGAAUCAUUAUCCUCAGAGAUGGACAACACGAAUCCGCCGGAGAUUCAACAAUCUUCGCCAGUGCACCCGCCGGAGUAUCAGAAGAUCGCAACGACGACGGUGGAAAAUGCGGCUUCCUGGAUCGAUGAUGCGUUGCGUCAGGCGCUUGUAUACCAGAAGACGAUCUCGGAGACGGUGGAUUCUACCAUUGACGCCUCCAAAGCUAGAUUGUCUCAGAUUCGAGAUACUUCUGUAGCUCACACGAGCCAAACCAUCGAUUCUCUUCGAGACAUUGCUUCUGAGUAUAACGUUUACGAGCAAAUGGUGUUUGGGAAGAUUAAAGAUGGUGUGAAUGUUGCUGCAUCUCAUCCGUUAAUAUCAGGCACCUUAGCUUUUGGAGUUGGGAUUUUUGCUCUGAAAAAGACAAGAAAAUUUGUAUAUUACAAUACUGUACGCAUGUUUGUAAGUGAAGAGGCUUUGCUUUCUAGAGCUGAUCUUAAAGUAAAAGAGUUGCGACAAUCAAUGGAUCGUCUUAAAGCCGAGAGUGAAAAGUUAGAGAGAGUCGCAACUGUGGCAGAAGAGGAAUUGAUUAGAGGAAGGAUGAAACUCAGGCAAGCAGGCAAACAGAUCAGAGGUGCGAUCAGCUCAGCUUAUAAGAUUGAAAAGCAAGCAGCAGGUUUGAAAGAUGUACUAAAAGAACUGCCAACGAGAGAAGCUUCUCGAUUCCGCACUCAAAUAUCAAACCGUGCUUCUGAAGUGAAGCAAGAGAGAAACGCUUUGACAAAGGAAGUGAACAAGAUCAGCAACUAUGGUAUCUCCGUAUGAGGCAAACCAAACCCCAUUUUCGAGCUACGAAUUUGUUUAAUCUUGAGGUUCUUUAGAUGAUGGAGCAAAAUUACACAAUAAUAAUGUCUACAACAUGAUUCAAACUUUCUUUUUUGGUUUGGUGUCAAAUGCCAAAGAUGUAAUCUCUUGUUGUCUUGGGUUUUCAAGGGCUUUCGUUCUUUGGCGAUAGUUAGUAAUACAAGUUCAUGAUGAUGUUGUCAUGUUUAAGUCUCCCAUGAAGGUGUACUUUUAAAAUCCAGUUUUCCCUUUGAAUUUGUUAUAGUUUCAAAUUAGAUUCCAUCUUUAA